AUGGUUAUGAUUGGUAUUGGUCUGGUACAAGCUGCUGCUGUUGCUGGCGUGGGAGGGGCUGUUGCUGGCGUGGGAGGGGCUGUUGCUGCUACAAUGAUUUUAGUGACUGGUGCUCGUUAUUUAAUCGUAGCCCCCUCGACUGACAAUACAACAACUCUUGCAGUCACUAUCAAUGGCCAGGUCUUAUGCAAUUCAGAUGUUAUACUUUCCACAUUGAACGAGAGCCUCCCAAUAACAUUUUCACCAGUUAUACAAUCCACCGAUAGUGUCAUCCGCGAAGGAACUCAUCUAAAUGUGAACUUUGCAGGGCCAGGUGCCAUGUGCUUAAUGCUCAUGCGUCCAAUUUCCGAACCCAUGUGUACCAGUUAUACACCCAUGUGGAAAAUCCGAUUCAGUACAACACUGAAAGGGUACAUUGUGACCACUGGAGGUGUUGAUAGAUUGAAUCGGUUUAAGAUCACCAAGUGUGAAGGUGAUAAUAGUUUUUACCAGCUUUCUUUUUGUCCAAUUUCCGAACCCUUCUGUGAAUGCUCAUGCGUCCCACUUGGUGUCAACGGUGACAAGAACUUGGUUCCCGGUGCCGGCCCUCUUCUUGUUAUGUUUGAACCAGAUGAAUAGAGAGCACCAAAAAUCGAGAAUAAAAUGGUGUCAGAAUGAUAUUGAGGGAAGUCGAUUGCCUAUUAUCAUGUUUGAACCAGAACUAUUAUCUACUGCAAUCCUGUAUGAGGGAUCUCG